UCUCUCUCUCUCUCUCUCUCGUCCCUUUCUUACCUGUAAAAAAGAUUCUAACUGUUCCUCACAUUGCACAUUCACUUGAAAAGUCGAAAAGUUCCGAUCUUGACGAAAAAAAUAAAAAAAAAACAAGAUUCAAAGAGAAAAAAAGAUGGGUAAAGCUACACGGUGGUUUAAGGGCCUGCUCGGAAUGAAAAAAGAUAAAGAGAAUGUCGACAGCAACUCGGAUUACGGCGAGAAAAAGGAGAGAAACAGGUGGUGUUUUGCUAAGGCCGCUAAACACUCCGGCGGGCCGGCUCAGAUUCCGGUGAACGUACCACCGUCAGCGGAUGAGCAGAACAAGCACGCGAUUGCGGUGGCCGCCGCCACGGCCGCCGCCACGGCCGCCGCCGCGGACGCCGCGAUCGCCGCAGCCCAGGCUGCGGUGGCGGUGGUCAGACUCACCAGUCAAGGCAAAGGGGUUUCGUUCUCCGGCGGCGGCGGCGGCCGGGAGAGAUCGGCCGCCGUGAUGAUUCAGACUCUGUUCAGAGGCUAUUUGGAAAGGUUCGAUGAAAACCGGCCCGAAUUCCACAGCAAAAGGCUGUCGCCAUCUUACGACCCGUUGGACCUCAGCCCGAAAAUAGUCGAGAUCGACACUUACGGGCCCAAGUCAAGAUCUCGAAGGAUCGUCAACCCUUGCACGCCCGAAUUCGAGGAAGACCAAUACUACUCGUCACCCAUCCCUUGCGCGGCCCGAUUAUCGAUACCCGAUUAUCGUCAUCUCCGAGACUAUGAAUGGGAUUUUAUGGCCGAGGAUUAUAAAUUUCCCACGGCCCAAAACACCCCAAGGUUGGGAUGUUCGGGCCGGGCCUAUGGCCCGAUUUUCACACCUACCAAGAGUGUGUGUGGGGAUAUGAGCUACUUGAGGCCUUACUCGAAUUGGCCCGGUUACAUGGCGAAUACGGAGUCGUUUAAUGCGAAGGUGAGGUCGCAUAGCGCGCCAAGGCAGAGGCCCGAUUUGGGCUCGAAGAGGAGGCUCUCGUUGAACGAGGUUAUGGCGUCGAGAAGUAGCUUUAGUGGUGUGAGGAUGCAAAGGUUGUCUUGUUCAAGAGCUCAAGAUCAAGAUUUUGGAUUUUCUAAGUGUGGAGGUUUAAUUUGAUGUUUGUUUGUUUGUUUGUUUACUUAGGUUGAUUGUUGUGUUAGGCUUUGGAUUUGAGAUGAUGAUAUAGCUUUGUCUAUAGAGAAGAUUGAAACUAACACAAGAAACCAUCNAUGCAUGUGUAAAUUUCUUU